AUGCUGUCCUUCCUUGCCCUGACAGUUGCAUUCGCAACUAUAAUUUCCACCACAACAGCCCACUACACAUUCCCAAACCUUCUGUAUAAGGGCACCCAAUACCCAGACUAUACCUACAUCCGUCGCACCUGGAAUUACCAAAACUACUACCCCCUCUUCGACUUAACCUCACCCGUCCUCCAAUGCUUCACAAACGGCAGCUUCCCCAAUCCCGGUACUUUAACUGUAUCAGCAGGCGACACAGUAGGUUUCAAGGUCAGCGGGAGAAUAAUACACGAAGGUCCUCUACUCUUUUAUAUGGCGAAAGCAGGCUUUAGACAAACGGCCGCUAGUAUGACAGGCGCUGGGGCGGUUUGGGUUAAGAUUAACGAGACAAAACCAGUGAUUACUAAUGUUCCUGAGGAAUUGGAACUAUACAAAUGGCCAUAUUAUAACGCGGCAGAAGUUCACAUUCAAAUCCCACCAUGUCUAUCAACAGGUGACUAUCUACUCAGAGUAGAGCAUAUUGCACUCCACAUCGCUUUUGAGGAAGGACAACAUGAAUUCUUUGGAGCAUGUGCGCAGUUGAAAGUUGUCAAUGGCGGAAAUGGAGUUCCAGGGCCUUAUACUUCGUUCCCUGGAGCCUACAGCUCCAAUGAUCCUGGAUUAUUCCUGGAUAUACAUAGAAAUUGGACGCUGCCUGAAGAAUACGAAGUUCCUGGACCACCGGUAUGGAGUUGUGGACUAUAG